AUGACUAUAUCGUACGCCGGUGAAGUUCCAAAUGGCAGCAGUUUUGGAUGUUUCUGGCGGAUCCUCUGCAAAUGGCGUGGCAGCGUUUACAAGUUGGUAUGGCGGGAGCUGUUGGCGUACCUCACUCUCUACUAUACCAUCAACUUGCUGUAUCGGUUCGCGCUCACCGAGCAUCAACAAAGAAUAUUCGAGAAGGUUCGACAGUACUUCGGCGCUCAGAGCGAGUCUAUCCCGAUGUCCUUCGUCCUUGGUUUCUACGUAAGCCUGGUAGUGAAGCGUUGGUGGGAGCAGUACAAGUUGCUGCCUUGGCCGGACACACUCGCUCUGUUCAUCUCCGCGGGCAUCCCCGGAGCGGUCAGUAAAGACGAAACCGGGCGGCUGAUGAGGCGGAAUAUAGUCAGAUACGCCAUUUUGGCAUACGUGAUCACCUUGCAGCGAGUCUCACUCAGGGUCAAGAGACGGUUCCCCACGUGGCAGCACGUUGUGGACUCCGGUCUGAUGUUGGAGAGUGAGAGGAAGGUAUUCGAGAAGAUGGACGGUAAGAGCCCAAUGUCCAAAUACUGGAUGCCCCUUGUGUGGGCAACGAAUAUCAUCAACAGGGCGCGGAAGGAAGGCUUGAUCACCAGCGACCACAUCGUGCAAACUCUCUUGGUCGAGCUAUCUGACAUCAGACGACGGUUGGGAGCGCUUAUCGGGUACGACACUGUGUGCGUGCCUCUCGUCUAUACACAGGUUGUGACAUUAGCCUUGUACACAUACUUUGUGGCAGCACUGAUGGGUCGGCAGUUGGUGCCACCUGCUCCUGGUAGUACCUCCAAAUACGAACCAGAUGUUUACUUCCCGUUAUUCACAGCCUUACAAUUUUGUUUCUACGUAGGCUGGCUAAAGGUUGCGGAGGUUCUUAUUAACCCAUUUGGUGAAGAUGACGAUGACAUUGAGCUGAACUGGUUAAUCGAUAGACACAUAAAGGCGGCAUAUAUGAUAGUGGAUGAAAUGCAUGAGGAACAUCCAGAACUUCUCAAAGACCAAUACUGGGAAGAGGUAGUUCCAAAGGACCUGCCGUACACUGUUGCCUCAGAGCACUAUCGCCGUCACGAGCCGCCCUGCUCCGCUGACCACUACAAAGUAAAAGCAGAAGACGCUGUAUACGCCAAUGUACAAGCACCUAGAAAAAGCCAUGACGAAACUUAUGCUGAUUAUGAGAGUGUAGAUACACCAUUGGUAGAACGACGAAAAAACUGGUUUCAGAGACAGAUAUCAAGAAUGGGUUCAGUACGAUCGGCUUCCACUGAUUAUUCUUCUGGUGGGCUAUUUGGAAGAAACCGACAUAAUUCUAUGGUGUACUCCAGUCCAGAGACGGGCCAGCCCACUGCACCGCCGCAACAACACCAUAAGAUGUCAUUGUACGAGAGACUCGUGGGCAGGAAGUCCGGGAGAGGACAACAUCGACAGAAUUCUAAGCAUGGCAGUCAAAAGAGUAAUGGAUCAGCAAUACCGAUAACAUUACGCAAUCGCCCACGUAUUCCUACUCCGGACGUGACCAAAGAGGUUAUGGACCGUGAGAACCGCAUCACAAUGGGGAUGCAGAAUAUGGGUGUAAUUAUGGCUCACCAGGGCUACCAAAACGAGGUGCCUGUUUUAGGAGCUCUCGUACUCUCUCCAAUCCAAGAGCUUGACAGUGGCUCCGUCAACAACACUUUGCAUGCCGGACAGCCUGGGACUACAGCACUAGCACAAGCUGUGCUAUCUCCUGGUUUGGCUUCAGGUUUAACACCAAUGCUGACAGCAGCGCCUGUGGUGUCGCCGGUGACAUUGUCCCCCAUGGGGGUGUCACAGCUUCUUGGUAGUUCGACACCAUCAACACCUCGCGCAGACCGCACACCGCCUGCUCCACGUGCCACAGUCACUGAGCUACCGUCUGACAGCGAACACAGCGGGUCAGGGACGCCGCCAGAAUUCAAUAGAAAGCCAAACGGCUCUAAACGAGGAGAAGUCUAUGUAUAA